CCCAUCCGCCGAGCUGUCAGUUGCAGCGCACAUGAACAUCAAUGCUGCAGGAGGAGUGGACUAAACGUUGAAUUUAUUUUUUUUUUUCAUUUUUGUAAUUUACGCCGAAAUAUCUGCUCCUCGGCGUUUUCAUUUAAACCGGGCAAAGACAUCACAGGAUACACCCCUGUCAUCUCUAUGGACUCAGCACAAACGCGUAGGAGGAGGGCUGAGCCGCUCGCUAAUGGCAGCAGUUAGCUCGCAGGCUAACGGUUGGUAGCUGGUGAACGGAGUCCGGUUCUGCUUUGUGCCGUCGUUUGGCUAACGAAGGUCGGGGAGACUCUUGUUAGCUGGCAGUCCCGAGCGUUUAGCUGCCAUUUGGCAUCUCUAAUGCGUUGUUUUAUUAAUUUUUAAAAAGGCGGAUACGUAUUGUCUUUCUCAUUUGCCACUGGCGCUUAACGUUUUUCCACCUUUUCUAAGUUUAAUUAUUUUAUUUGAUUUUAUUUUAUUUUUACAAAAUUUAGCUUUGAUGUUUGUUAGCUAACAAGCUAUUCUCGGCUAUGCUAACGCCACCUCAGUGAGACUUUACAUCGCAGGAGGAGCAGAGAUCUCCGGACGAGUCAAGGAAGGAAGAGUGGUGACUUGUGAUAUGGGCAGGCGGAGAAGCGUAUGACUGUUAAGUAAAGAAGAGCAGCAGUAUUAGGCUAAAACACAUCGUAUUUCCUCACGUUAGUCUCUUUCGAGCGGGGCCACAGCGUCAGCCGAGCUUUGUGGGGCGCGUUAGAUGAAAAGAAUUGGGGCACCUUGGUUUUGGCUAAAUGAAUAGUAUUGACAGUACUGAACCGUGAGCUGGUGGCCGCUGUGCCAGCAUCAAGGGAAGACACGCUGUCGGGAUUAUCGCACACUGCAAUAACCAGUCAGUUUUCUUAAAGAUGGCUUCAGCGAGCAGCAUUGCCGCAUCCAUUGCGAGCAAAACCAAGACCAAGAAAAAACACUUCGUUGCCCAAAAAGUGAAGCUCUUCCGUGCCAGCGACCCUCUGCUCAGCGUGCUUAUGUGGGGAGUCAACCACUCGAUAAACGAAUUAAGCCAUGUCCAGAUUCCUAUCAUGCUCAUGCCAGAUGACUUCAAAGCCUAUUCUAAGAUUAAAGUGGACAACCACCUGUUCAACAAGGAGAACAUGCCUAGCCAUUUCAAGUUCAAGGAGUACUGCCCGCUGGUGUUUCGAAACCUCAGAGAGCGGUUUGGCAUUGACGAUCAGGACUUUUUGAACUCUCUGACACGCAGCGCUCCCUUGAACAGUGAGGCCCAGGGACGCAGCGGGGCCCGCUUCCAUACCUCUUACGACAAGCGAUACGUCAUCAAGACCAUCAGCAGCGAGGAUGUCGCUGAAAUGCAUAACAUUCUAAAGAAAUACCAUCAGUUUAUCGUUGAAUGCCAUGGCAACACGCUGCUCCCUCAGUUUCUGGGGAUGUACCGGCUCACGGUGGAUGGGGAUGAGACCUACAUGAUUGUUACACGCAAUGUCUUCUCUCACCGCCUUUCUGUCUACAAGAAAUAUGAUCUCAAGGGAUCCACUGUGGCAAGAGAGGCAAGCGACAAGGAGAAGCAGCCACCCCCAUCAGAGGAUGCCCCCCCACGGCCCAAAUCUGGUAAUGUUCAGCAAAGGCUGCAAACACUGCGGAUUGCCACGCGCUUUUACUGCGCCAUGAAACACGUAAGAGAUGCUAAAGAGCUGCCCACCUACAAGGACAAUGACUUCAUCAAUGAUGGGCAGAAGAUCUACAUUGACGAAGAGAACAAGAAAAUGUUCCUGGAGAAGCUUCGGAAAGAUGUGGAGUUCCUGGCCCAGCUGAAGCUCAUGGACUACAGUCUACUGGUGGGGAUCCAUGACGUUGAGCGAGCUGAGCAGGAGGAGGUGGAAAGUGAGGAUAACGAGGCCGAGGAGGAGGGUGAGAGUGAUGGAGGGGGCAUUGGGACGCCCCCUGACAGUCCCAGCAACACCCUGGAUAGCACCAAGCCACUGUCGCCUGGAGAGUUUGACCCCACCAUUGACGUCUAUGCUAUUAAAAGUAAUGAAGGUGCUCCCAGGAAAGAAGUUUACUUCAUGGCUAUCAUAGACAUCCUGCAGCAUUACGAUGCGAAGAAGAAAGCUGCCCACGCCGCCAAGACUGUCAAACACGGGGCCGGAGCAGAAAUCUCCACGGUGAACCCGGAGCAGUACUCGAAGAGGUUUUACGAUUUCAUCACCACUAUCCUGUCAUAGCCUCCAUGAGUGACAGGGGCAAAGAGGCACAUGGGAAAUGGAGGGCAAGUGGGGAGUUGGGUGGAGAAGAGAAAGUGAUGGAGAAGAAAACCAUCCAGGGGCUGAAUUAAUAAGGUGCUGCGAUGGCUUUGUAUCACUCUCUCUCAUCCGUUCUCCUCAUUCCUGUCUGUCUCUCUCUGUCUCUUUCCGUGGGGUUGCCACCCUCUGCAGCUAAAAAGAAAAAAACAUUGUUCGUUUACAUUUAACCUCUCGUCUGUUGAGUUCUGCUUUUGUGUUACUUUGGAUGAUAAGGGUGUUAAAAAGGAAGUGUCCAAGUCAUUGCAUUCUUUUGCUUGUUUUUGUAUCAUUUGUUUUUGUUUACGGUUGUUUAUUUUGGAAUAUGGCUUUUUUUUUAAUUGCCUCUAACACAUCAUCCAGUUCCCUACAGUUUUU